CAACGCAUGCGCUUGUUGAUAUCACUUCAGUGCUAGUGGAAAAUGGCGACGGUGAAGUCAUUGGAAGAUAUGCUGUCUUCCGAAGUGGAUGAAUCAGCUGUUACUGCUCUUGUUGGCUCUUUAGAAUCCCAGUUAGCAUCGUCAAAUAUCCAGUUAUCUAGUCAAGAUGUAAAUACAACGUCAGUAACUGUAAAUCAUGUCAAUAACGCAGUAUUAGUUGAUAACAAUGUUACGCGAUUGCUUGAUGGACAAAAACAAGGGGUCAUCGCUGCAAGUCAGGCUGUUUCUUUAAUCAACGUGGGUAAACCAGCAAUAGUUACUUCACCGAUCGGGGAUGUGAAUGCUACUUCUACAGUAACCUCGAAUGCUAGCAAUGUUAUAGCAACUUUGCCUGGUGCAUUGCCUGCAAGUGGUUACAUUACUCAAGUAACUGGACCAUCUCAACAAUCUUUUUUUUCUCCCAUAGUGAGUGGGAGCAUCGCAGUGAACAGAGCUACUAAUAGUCAAGAAAUAAAAGUAGUCUCUCAAGCAGUCGUUUCUCAAAUUAAUUCCACGUGCACUAUAAACACGCGGAGUAAAACUGCUGCAGCAGCGGCUGCUGCCAUGCCGAAUGGCAGCCCAAACAAUGUGGGAUUACUUACCGUUAGGCCAAAUCAGACUACUUCCAUGGGUGCAAUAUAUGAUUUAGCAAAUGUAGCUUCCCAACAAUCUCCUAUAGUUACUUCCAAUACAUGUGUUACUACAACAACUCCUACGUCUUCUCAAGUUCAAGUUACUGUUGCUAAUGGCAAACAAAUCACUGCCAUCAAAUCUCAGGCAGAUUCUAAGUCAUCAAUUGAAAAAAAUGGUAAAUCAUUAGUGAUAGCUCGCACACAAGAGAAUCUAUCUGUACCUAAUACUGUUGUGCAAACUACUGUGAUGCACCAAAUAGCAGGAACAAAUGUAAUCCAAGUGAGCAAUCCUGCAGUUGUGUCUAAAAGCCAUGUAACAACUAGUCAGCCAGUUAGUGUUGCUUCACAAGUUGUGACACCUAAUAUUCUUUCUCCAGGUGUACAGAUUGUGAAUAUGAAUCCUCGAUUAGGUGUACAAGGUUUAACUGGCCAAAAGACAUUAGCUCCUCGAGUGGUGCUUGCAACCAAUCCUGUUAGAAUUGCACCUCAAAUAAUUGCACGAGCAGGUGUAGCUGGUCAGAGGGGCCUUUCUCAAAAUAAUGCUCAAAUAAAAGUACAAACUUAUCAACAGCAAAGAGUCGCUGCACCUAAGAACCAGAUAGUGGGGCAGAAAGUUAUCCCGUGUUCAACUAAUAAGGGAACAAUAACACUUGCACCUGGAAUGGUGAGAGGAGCAGUUUUACUUAAAGCUGAGAAUGGACAGCUUCAGGUGGUGAAUAUUGCUGGUUCGUCAGCAAGCACUAUUCCUGGUGGAGCUACUUAUCGUUUGCAAUCAAUACCGCCUGGAGCAACUAGUGUUCGAACGGUCACACCACAGCAGUUGGUUUCUGUUCCUGUUAGUGCAACUGGUCUCAAAGCUAAUCAGGUAUCUGUAACAGUUCCUCAGUCAAUUGUUGGCACUAUUAUUCAACCAGGAACCACACAAUUAAAUGAUGCCAACUCUAGACUUUCUUCUCCAAAUGCCACAAAGAGUGGGGUUAUUAAGAUUAUGAAACCAAAUAAUCAUAUUUUGCAGGCUGGCAUCAAUGGUAACUUAACAACUCCACUCACAGUUCAAACGACUACUGCUAAUAGUCAACCAGGCACACCUACACAGAUGUCUCCCAAUACAGCUAAAAAGAAGUGCAAGAAUUUUUUAUCUACAUUAAUAAGAUUAGCUGAUGAACAGCCUGCAGCUGUUGCCAGAAGUGUAAGAAACCUGAUACAGGGUAUUAUUGAUGGUACUAUGCAAGCAGAAGAGUUUACAACCAAAUUACAAAAAGAGUUAAACUCUGCACCUCAGCCAUAUUUAGUUCCUUUUCUUAAAAAAAAUUUACCUUAUCUAAGGCACUCUUUGAUUACCAAAGAGUUAACAAUCGAAGGGGUACGUCCUCCACCUCCAGGGGCUGUAAUUCUUCCACAUCCUUCCAGUUUACAGCAAAUACAAAUUGGGCAGAAGAGGCCUGUAAUGCAACCUACUACUCAAGUUCGCCUUAUGGCAGGUCAAACUGCACCUCUUGCUGCUCAGCUCUUGCAACAGAACCAAAAUAUCAUAAAUCAAAGGUUUUCAGUGCCUCGUUUACCUUCUACAACGCAAGCAAAAAGUUUGUUAGUAGGAAAGACUCUAGUUGCGUCAUCAGUUGCUGCAUCUUCUCCCGCAACCGUAACUGCUCUACAAUCUAAAUUCCAAGGGAAAAUUCCAGUACUAAAUUCUUCUAAAGAUCCUAGCAAAAGAACUUUUUCUGCAUUAAGGGAUGAUGAUGAUAUCAAUGAUGUUGCUGCUAUGGGUGGUGUUAAUCUUGUUGAAGAGAGCCAAAAAAUUUUAGCUUCCAAUUCUGAAAUAGUUGGAACUCAAAUUAGGUCUUGUAAAGAUGAAAGUUUCCUGUUUUCUUCAGCACUGCAGAGGAGAAUCCAUGAAAUUGCUCAGAAACAUGGGUUGGAUGAUGUCUCACCUGAUGUUAUUAACCUUGUUUCUCAUGCAUCUCAAAUUAGAUUAAAAAAUCUUGUUGAAAAACUUAGUGUCAUUGCAGAACAUCGUGUUGAAACGCCAAAGAAUGAUAGCAGGUAUGAAAUAACUCAAGAUGUAAAAUCCCAAAUUAAAUUCCUUGAAGAAUUAGAUCGACUAGAAAAAAGACGGCAUGAAGAACAAGAGAGAGAAAUCUUGCUUCGAGCUGCAAAGAGUCGAUCCAAACUUGAAGAUCCUGAACAGCUAAAAUUAAAACAAAAGGCCAAAGAGAUGCAAAGAGCUGAAUUAGAGGAACUGAGGCAAAGAGAAGCUAAUACAACAGCAUUAUUAGCAAUAGGUCCUAGGAAAAAAGCCAAACUAGAAAACAAUUCUUCUAUAUCAAAUCAAACUUCUCCUGGCUCAUAUCCAGGAUCCAGUAACAAUCCAUCUAAAUUUCAGGCUCGUCCACGUGUGAAAAGAGUCAACAUAAGAGAUUUGCUGUACUUAAUGGAACAAGAACGAGACACUGUUAGAAGACCUUUAUUAUAUAAAUCAUAUUUGAAAUGACCUUAUUUUGAAAAAUAACAUAUCUUUCCAAAACACUUGUUCUUAAAAUGUGUUCUUAAUGACAGCUAGACCUAUUAUGGUUACUUAAAGCCUUGAGCUUGCCAUUGUGGAGAAAUAUCGUAUUCCAUCCAUUAUUUAGCAAAUGACAUUCAUGCCACUUUGUGUGUAUUAUUUGUUCAAAAACAGGGACUUCCCAACAAGACGUUUAGUGAGAUGUAGUUAUAUGUAAUAUAAGAUACUCAAAAUUCCUAAAUGGUGCUUCAAGAGAAGAAAGACAUUUCUUUGCAUACUGAAGACACUUUCUAAAGUUUUAUACUAUGCAAUGAAUUUUGUAAGUGUGUAAAUAAAUUAAAUAUGUAUAUAGAUUAAACAGCUGCCAAAGUUAUAAAGUGUUUAUAUAAUGGACCUGAGAAAAGAAAGAUUUUGUAUUGUGAGAUUCAUUUUGCUGUAUAUUUCUUGCAUUCUUAAGAAUUUUAUUUAAAUCAUUUUUAUCAUAACUCAUAUUCAUGAAUUAAAUAUAUUUUUUUGUUGUUGACUAUGAUUUGCCAAUUUUUGAUUGUUGAACCAAUUCAGACUAUUUCUGCACAAUUUUUUUCUAUUAUGUUUGUUAUGGUUUAAGAGUUAUAAUAUUGCUGUUUUAUGCUGCUGGUUCUGAUGUUAUUUUUCACAUUUAAUCAUUUUAGUCGAAGAAUUCUCUAAUAGCUCUCAUUUAUUUUCCAUUUUGUAAUAUUAUUGACGUUUUUAAUGUAAUAUUAAAAUUAAAACUUUUUAAGUUAAUUUAAUAUGCUUGUUUUAAUGUCUGAAACAUCCAUGCUCAAAGAGUUUAUAUAAAGUUAUAAAUUUGAUUUCAUUCAAUAAAUUAAUAUUAAUAAAUUUCUUCCAAUUAAUUGUAAUGUGAAAAACUGUCUUAUAAACCAUUCAUAUCAAAGUAUUCUUAUUUAUUUAUUAGUUAAUCUUCCAAGAAAUAUUUCUGCAGCUUCCAUGAACUCUAUAUGAGCAUUGCCAUUUGUUUUGAUUUGAAGAUUGUUGUCUGUGAUAAUUAUUUACAAAAUCAUUUGUUAUAGAAAUAUUUGUUUCAUAACAGUGUAAAUCUUGUUUGAUUCAUUUUCUGUGAAUUUGAAUAUUGUUUUUUUUAGGAUGUUUUUAUCCUUUUAUUUAAAAUAAGAGGAACACUUUGUAGACUAAAUCAGAAAAAUGAAUUAAACAGUUAAAUCAUUCUUCAUUGCCAUCCAUUUGGAUUGUAACUUUUAUGUUUACAACAUACUUUCAGUGUGAAAGUAUUGUACAAAUAAAAAAAUACCUUAAGUUUUAAUUGUUGCAGUUUAAAGUAACUUCUCAAAUUUGUUAACAAAAUAUUGUGAACCAACUCUAAAACUUUAUACAUUUAUGAAAAAAAAAAUUAUUUUUGUGUAUGAAUGUUCUGUUAAUACUGUAUACCUGGCCAAAUAUCUGCAUUUAUUAAAUGAAAGAAGUUCUAAACUUAUAGGAACAACAUGUUAAUGUUGAUUUCAUUCUGUGACCCUUCUUCCUUGCCUUAAUAUAUUUUAAUUUCUUAAAAUUAACUUUCAAAGAUGUGAAAUAUGAUUUAAAAUGCAGUAAGGAUUGAGCUGUCUUCAUUUGUCCAAUGUUGGUAAAUGUCAGCAAUUUGUCGAUUGCCUUCUCAUUCAGCUAUUUAUUUUCCUCAAACAGAAAAAAUAAGAAGAAACAUUUUUUUAAACCUGAAUUUGUAGAGAAAUAAAAUGGAAAUUUUAGCAUACUGUUGUUUCAUUUUUUUCAUUGGUAUGGAUUAUUUUAUUUUGCAAUAAAACUUGCACAC